AGGAAACGUCAUUCAGCAAGCAACAGCAGCAUUCAACAAUUUUCUUUUUCCCGUCCCUGCUUUUUUUGUAGGGCAGAUAUGGAGCUUGAGUUAUUGCCUGAUUUUAAGGCGUUUUAUUUCAGAAACGAGAAUGUUAUUUUGAGAGUACCAUUUUGCUUCUGUCUGCAAUUGGCAGUGUAUUUUGACAAGCAUGUGAAGGAGUCUGGCGAAGAGACAAAAAUUUGGUAUGAGAUAGCUGGUAUGUACAUGUAUGAUCUUUGACACGGAGCCUGUAAAUAACGUGAUUUCCUUUCGCUUCGAAAUUUUCUUUAUUUUCUAUGACAUUGUGCAAGUUAUUCAUUUAAGACUGUAUGUAGACAAAUUUAUGUUAGCACUGUUUAAUUUGAAUUUUUGACGUCUGUGCAGAGGCAUGAAUUUCCUGUCUGGAUAGAUAUCAGCUUACGUCUUGUAGAGCCUCGCUGCCUAAAAGCUCUCUUUUAUUUUUAGUUAGAUAUGUAAGGUCAUGAUUUUUGUUUUUAAGAAGUGUUUCAUUUUUCCAAAAGUUUCCUUCGGACACUUUAGGUGCACUUUAAAUAUGGCAAAUUUUAACUGAAGUAUCAACACACAGGCAUCCCAGUCUCUAUGGGAAUUCAUUAAAUCUCCAUUCGUAACAAAAUGUGUAGGAAGAAUUACAAUAUUUCCUAAGUUCUGACUUUUGAAAAAGAUCAAAAUUUGAUGUAAAAAAAAGUAAUGAAUGAAAUUAGUGUUGGUGUGCUAAAAUUUCUCAUGGCACUAUAGAUGUUGCAGGUCAAAAUUAAAUUCAGGUUAAAAUUUUUUAACUAGGUAGAUUCUCAGUUUCCUUUGUCUCCUGGUCCUAAUUCAUGAAUAAUUAAGGCUAUGAGACAAGGGAAAUUGAGAAUCAACCUACAAUACUCGUCAAAAACCUUGAAACACUUGUGUCUGUUUCCCCUUCCCCAAUGUUGAUUUCGGUAUCACAGUGGUCACAGUGCUUCAAAAUACACGUGGCUCAACAUUGGGAGGGGGUAAGGCACAUUUCAGUGAGAAAAACAGUGUGAAGAGUAAAUCUCAGGAUUUUUCCAGAAAAUUAGAGAGAAACGGUGUCUGUUUCAACGAUUUGUGACGAGUAUUGUAGGUUAAAAAGUGUUAACCUGAAUUUUGACCUGUAACAUAGACAAGUAAAAAAAUUCCUAAACUGGCUAGGGAAACUUCUUUGGUUAUUUACAUGUACCUUGCUAGAGGAAGGGUGUCAACUUAAGAGGCAAGUCGCAGCAACAACCAAUGUCCGUGGAACAAAAAACAACUAAAAGCCAAGUGCCUGAAUUGUGGAAGUAAUAUUCCAUGAUCAUGUUCCACAUUCAAGAGAAUGGCCUGUAUAGGUUUUCAAAAAAAUUCCAAAAAUACCAAACCAAAAUAUUCAGUAAAUAUUCAGGAAAUCUUUCUGGUGUUUACGAUUUUCAUAGUUCUACUGAAAUGAUUUAUUUGUUUUUCUUGCAGCCAUUGUUAGUGGCCUGGUUGGUGCCACUGGAUUGCUUACAAGUCUCAGCUACCUUCAAAAAUUUUUUGUCUGGUUUAUUGAACAAGUUGUCAUUGUUAUAGCCUUCUUUGCAAUUGCUACGUACUCUCCACCAUAUCCAAAGAAAGAGGAAGCUGACACAAAGGAAAGUUCUAACCUUGACAAUUCAUCUUAUCUGGGAACCAUUUAUGGCUCUUCACUUUUAUAUACCCAAGUCUUGAUUGCUGUCAGUAUAGCCAUUGCACCUGGCAAGUGGGUCAAUACAGUAAACACCAAGCAGACAGUGGGAAUGUUUGUUGUCUGUCCCAUCAUUAUCCAUUUUGUGACACUACCAUUUGUUAAAGCGACAGCAAUGUUGCGAGAGGUCUGUUUGGCUUACCUUUUGUUGGCCUCGGUAAUCCAAGGUUAUAAAGCCUGUCUUGGACUUUUUCAACUUGUUCAAGAUAUUCCAGGGGUGAUUAAAAAUGCUUGCAGUGUUGUUGUCAACUUUGGAUGGUUGGAUUUUUUUGUUUACCAUUGGAAGAGAAUUAACUUAGGAAGAGUGCUCAUGUUAGCAUGGUUGAUUAAGUUUAUUGGCAAAUUUUGUCAAUUUGUGAAAUAUGGUGUAUUUAUUGCCAUUGCUGGAAGCAUAGUGGACUGUUUUGAUAACCUUCAAGACUUAGCAGGAGCUAGUAUUGUUGUUGGAGUAGCUGCUAAUUUAGCCCUUGAUGCAGUGAACAAAAUCCUGAAAGGCAAUCUUGACAGGCCUAUGGAAGAGCGUCACCAGGAAGCAUGGAAUGACAGUGUAUCUUUCUUCCUUUUGGGUUUACAAGUUGGGCUUAUUGGCUUACCCAAACCAGAACGUCUAAUGUUAAUUGGUCUCAUUGUGUUUGUUACAAUCUCACUGUUUCUGCAGUCUGCUUAUGAACUUACUGAACCAGUGCUUAUGUCACUAGGGGCAACAUACACUGGUGUUUUCAACAGCAAACAUUUGCGCACUUUAGCAGUUUGUGCCAUGGUCCUACUACUUCCUGGUUAUAUGGUUAUUGUGUUGUGUAAGCUAUUCAGCUUUGAUGCCUGGUUAUUUGUGAUCUUAUCCAGUAAUCUAGUGACUAUUGUUCAAGUCAUGGGUUCCCUCAUUAUUUAUGCACUCUUUGUGUCAAAUGUUCAUUCAGAGUCUCAAGUUAAGGAUUUGGAUGACUAUGUGUAUUAUAUCAAUGCUGGCUCAAAAAUAUUUGAGUUUCUUGUAGCUGUGGUUGUUUUAGGUUAUACUGCUUGGGCAACCAUAACUGGAGAGUGGAAUUACAUAGGUAUGUCUAGUGAACAGCUUUUUAGUGUUACAUGUAUGUACUGUAUACCCUGCGAAAAAAGAUCAUGUCAUUUUAUACCCAAUUCAUGCAUAUUGUACCUGCAAGUAGUUGAGAUGUGCUUUGGAUCAUGCCUUUGUCCACAUUUUAUGGUAAUUUUGUAAGAGAAAUCAUAAAUUACUUUGUAUAAUAUAUAUUUUUAUACUUACACAAUGUAUCAUCAUUACCACCAUCAUUUUCCUCCAGUUUUACCCAUGUUCUUAUUUGCCUCCUUUAGGCGCUUUGGUUAUUACAAUGCAUGCCUACUUCAAUGUGUACAAAAGAGCUCAAGAAGGAUGGAACAAUUUUCUGUUAAGACGCAGUGCUGUGAAAAGACUUAACUCCUUAGAGUGGGCAACAGAGGAACAACUUCAACAGCUAAAUGAUGUAUGUUGCAUUUGUUAUGAAGAGCUGGAUAGUGCCAAAGUAACCAGAUGUAAGCAUUUUUUCCACAGUCUGUGUCUGCGGAAGUGGCUUUACGUACAGGACAAGUGCCCUAUGUGCCAUGCUGAUAUUCUACCUCAGGAUUGACUAUUGCCAAUCCUGCAGCGAAUGGCAGCAGUUGGUUAAACAACAAACAGCAGCUAAAAUGUAUUUUAUGGAAAUUUUGUUUACCAGGGAAAUAAAUUGAAUCUAAAAAUUAAUGUGGGCUUUAUAUUUCAUUUUUUGGUGGUGAAUCUUUUGGAUGUGAGAAAAGUCGUGUACUGUGCAUCCUACCCACAUCCGUUUGUCAUAUCACAUCAUCUCAAAAAGGGGCUUUGGAGACUAGAUGGCAGCAAGUGACAUGUCAGAGAACCAUUCUCCAUGAUACUUCAAUGCAGCAUUUAAAUUAAUGUUUUAUAAACCAGUGGAAUUGUAUGCAUUUUCUGCAUCCCACUGAUAAAUGGUUGUGACAGUUAGAUUAUUUUCUGUAGCAAUAAUCAUUUAUAGUCUGUCCUCUUUCAAUAUUACAAUAACUUGAGCUGCUUGCAAUGCUGCAGUAAUUUUCUUGGAUUCAGUUUCCUAAGUUUUAAAUUAUUUUGCUUUAAGAGAUAAAUAUCAGAGACGUCUUUUGUCAGAUGUCAAAAUUCGGAAGACCAUGUAC